GAUGGCUGCUCCGUGCUCCACAGCGGCUCUUCCUCCAGCUCUCAGUCCCGGUUUUGCGGUGGUCUGCUCUUUCCUGGAGCGCUACGGGACUGCUUUGGAUCUGCCCGAGCUAACGUUCCCCCAGCUGGAGCGAUACUUACAGGAGACAUCAGCAGUUCCUCGACCUUUGAUUGAGCUCCAUAUUAAAUUACUGCGCAAGAUUGGCAAGACAGUCACACAAGACAAAUGGGAGAAAUAUCUUGUUAAGGUGUGUCAGGAAUUCAACAGCACCUGGGCUUGGGAACUGGAGAGGAAAAGCUAUGGAGAAAUGACCAUUGAGUGUAAAACUGGUAUCCUAAAGUACUUGUGCGAGUGCCAGUUUGAUGACAAUCUAAGGUUUAAGACAUUAAUCAAUGAUGAAGACCCAGAUAAGAUGCGUCUACAGCCAAUCGGUAGAGACAAGGAAGGCCUUUUGUACUGGUUCCAAUUAGACCAAGAUCAGAAUGUGCGUGUUUAUUCUGAGGAACAAGAUGACUUGGAUGGAUCCUCUUGGAGAUGCAUUGCCAGGACUAGAAAUGACCUUGCAGACACACUUGAACAGCUUAAAGCCAAGAUGGACCCAGUUGUUACUGACCAAGAGAUGAUGCAAGAUGGUCCCACCUGCCCAAAUACGGAUGCAGAAGGUAUUAAAGGUGAGCAUGAGGACAUAAAGAACUGUGUAUCAGGACAAAGGGACUCAAAUAAAAGUACCAUCCUUUCCAAGGAGAGUGAUUUAAUUCCCCAAAACAUUAAAAAAGAAACAUCAACAGAUCCUGUUAAUCAAGAAGACAAGGAUGAAGUUGAGUUCAAAGGUGUCAAAAUGUCCAAGCAUAAAUUGGAGCAGACCCCAGUCAUAGACAACAGGGUCAGUACGAUCAAAACCCUUGUCAAACAAGAACCAAAAGAUAGUCCCAGAGCAUGGAAUGCCAUUUCAGUCGUCAUGGCUCCUGCUUCCAUCAAACUGGAACCUCCAAUGAAAGAAGAGGCUUGUGAAGACAAGAAAGAGACAACGUUUGAGAACACACCGAGAACUAUAAAGAGCGAUCAACAGGCUAAAAUACCACUGAAGAAGAGAGAGUUGAAAAGGAGUGGGGGAUAUGACAUCAACAAUCACUACGACAACAUCAGUCACGACAACAACAACCUUAACAGCAAUGGUAGCAUCAGCACAGGUGGUAUAAUUGUACGCAAUCCCGCUGUUUUACUAGUGAAGGAACAGCACACCAAAAGUAAAUUCCCAACUGAGAGGGAAGAAGGUCCAGUGGCCACCAUUGCUGUCCCAGGGACAGAAUUUCCUCAAGACUUCAGCAUCAACCCAACUUGUGGGAAGCAUUCACCAGUUGAUCCAUGCAAACAGACAGUGCAAGAACAAUACAUAGGUGUUGGGGUGAUUAAGGGACCCAUUGAGCGAAAGAAGCCUUUGACUGAAACUGGUAAUAGUCCAGUAAAGGACAUAAAUGGUCGUCAUGGAAAUGGGAAUGUCUUGAAUCCUGAUGCUGGGCACACAGAUGUCAGACAUUCCGUCCUUGUUGGGAAAACAUUGAUUAAGGCAGACAAUGAUGCUCUUCCUUGUAGUAUCCCAGAUGAUUUAUUGUCCAAAGACAUUAGCAAAAUGGGCCAAGCUCUGUCUGGAAAAGCAUCAAAUGCUGUUGAGCAAGAGUCUCAUUCGAUUGAAGAGCUACACAAAACUACAUUUGAGGCAAAGGUUGGGGAAAAAGAUAAUGAAGAAGAUGUGGUCAAACUAAAAAAUUGCAAGGUGAAAGCUCUUUUAACCAGAGGAAAAUCUGAUAUUGUAGGUAAGGACGAAAGCCAAGACAAUUUUCUGAGAAGCCAGAGAAAAAAAAGGUUGGAAAAGACCAAAUCCAAGCUACAACCGAGAGAAGACAGACCCAAGAAAGAACCAUCGCCUAGUAUUAUUAAGGUUUUGGAUGAGAAUGGAGGAGAAGGUGAAAAGUCUGGACAGAGUGAUGAUGAGGUAUCUUCAGAGCUUCAGAAGGAAGGAAUUAGACUGAAGAUUAAGAUCCCACUUCAUAGACGAACUCCUGAACUCCAGUACAAAGGUGUUGAGGAGUCAGAAACCAGGAACAGGCGAUCCCCAAGGAGAUCUGCUAGAAUCUGCAAACCCUGCCCCAAAGAGGCUAAUAUUCAGGGCAGAAAACAAACAACAUCCUCUGCGGCAAAGGACGAAGAAGAACACAUAGAAGACGAAGAAGUAAGAGUCCAGCCCAAGAAAGAGAUUCACAAAACAGUGGACAUGGAAGGACAGACUUCGAAGUCUUUGAAGGCCAGACGGCGACACAAGCGGACUCGUUGGUCAAAACUUCGGACAAAAAAUUGCAAAUCCAAAGGAGCUCUGGAGGAGGAAGUGGGUGAUGACAAAGCUGAAAAUGAUGAAGACAACAAUUCAGAGAACGCAGACAAUAAAAGUGAGACAGACUCUGACCAACCGAAUGAGCUUCUACCUGAAGAUGCUUGUAAACACUGUGGUCUCGCCAAUCACCCAGAACUGAUUCUUCUUUGUGAUCUGUGUGACAGUGGGUAUCACACUGCCUGUUUGAGACCUCCACUAAUGAUCAUUCCUGAUGGAGAAUGGUUCUGUCCUCCCUGCCAGCAUAAGCUUCUCUGUGAGCGGUUAGAAGAACAGCUUCAGAAUCUGGACUCUGCUCUGAAGAAGAAAGAGCGUGCUGAACGAAGGCGUGAGCGGUUAGUGUAUGUGGGCAUUAGUGUGGAGAACAUUAUACCCACCCCUGAUGGGAUUGAAGAGGAGGACCUGACAGAGAAGAAGAAAGAUGCCAAAAAGCGCAAGAAUCUGGAGAGACGAUCAACCAGGAUGAGAAAAUCCAUCAGUUACAGGUUUGAUGACUUUGAUGAAGCCAUUGAUGAAGCGAUAGAAGAAGAUCUUCUAGAGAUAGAAAGAGAAGAUGCUGGUCAUGGUAAACGGGUGACAUCUGUCAUGGGUCAACAACAGAACACCGCGAGCCGCGAGAUCCGGCGGCCUGUGAAACCUCUCGCCCCGCGCAAAAGGAAACGCCGGCGACUCAAUGACCUGGACAGCGACAGUACGGUGGACGAGGAGGAGAGUGAGGAUGACUUUCAGCUCAGUGACAGCAUGGAGGAGGAAGAUUUUGUGGUUUCGGGUGAUGAUGCGUCUGAUGGUGCCGGCAGUGAAAUGGGCAGCGGAGAGAGUGCCACUGAUAAUCAACGCACUUCCAGGAGAACUGGCAGAACCACACACACCCAGAGAUCCAGGAGGAGCUCACGCAGACUUCACACUCAACGGAGAGGCCCCUCAGAGGAGGAGUUGUUUGAUUCUGAGGAAGAAGAGGAGGAGGAGGAAAUGGAGACUGAGGGCUCAAAUGAGUUUAGUGACAGUGAUGUAGACACAAGCAGACGGCGACUGCGGCGAAAUCACAAUUCUCACGUCAACUAUUAUGAGACAUCAGAAUCUGACAGUUCACAGAAGGCGUCCAAUCGGAAACACUCAUCUCUGCCUCACCGCCGACGACUGUCCAGCUCCAACAGUGAAGGGUCCAUACUUUCUAAAGACUUUGAGCCAAAGGAAAGGAGAAAAAGAGGAUUGAAAUGCGAGUCAACAAGGCAAGACUCCAAACUGAGGCUCAAACCUCUGAAACAAAGCCAGCAGAGGAGCUCCAGUGAGGAGGAGGACUUUGAGGAAGCAGGAGAAACAGAGGAGGAGGAGGAGGAACGCGAACGGCCCCAUCGGAAGAGGUCAAACCGCAUAGAAACAGACGAAGAAGAGGUGGACGAGGUGCAAAGACAGCAGCCCAAGCGAGCAAAGAUCUGCUCUAGGAGGCCCUCUAGAGGCCCGGAGGACACCAGUUGGAAGCACACAGCCAGAAACACUGCGGGGCCCCAAGUCCCCAACCGGCACAAUGGCCUGGCUCCACGGAGGGCCGCACCUCAGAAUGACGAUGAUGAUGAUGAUGAUGAGGAUGAGGAACAGUUCACAGGAGACACGGACCUUGUUAACUUUGUUUUCGACAGUGAACAGUUGUCUUGAUGUGCUCAAUAGGUCAAACACGUUUAUUUUCUCACCGCCUUCCUCAUACAGGAAUGUUCCAUGUCAGUCACCGUAGUCUGCAGGUUUUUGGGUGUAGAGGACCAAAUUAAAGGGGUAGAUCACACAAUUUAGUUUUUAAUUCUGUCAUCAUUUACUCACCCUCAUAUUGUUCCAAACCUGUAUGGCUUUCUUUCUUCUGUGGAACACAAAAGGAGAGAAGGUUAGCCUCAGUUAUUGUUCAGUUUCAUUUUAUGAAUCAAAUAGAAAAUGACUAGUAUUUCCUUUUGUGUUCCAAUGAAGAAAGAAUGUUAUAUGGGAUGGAACAACAUGAGGGUGAGUAAAUGAUGAUGGAAUGAUAAAUUUUGGGGGGAACUAUCCCUUUAAGCUUCCAAAGGAAUGCCAUAGUGUCCGUUUAGAUGUUUAAAUGCACUCCUUCACACCAUACAGUCGCAUGCAUCCCCAGGUUUAGAACAGGGUCUCCUUAAUACUACAGUAACCGCUCCUCGUAAAAGCACUUUGUAAUUUACGGCCAGUAACAUUGCAUUUGAAUAAAGAGGCUUCUAUCAUCCUGUAGAGAGACACUGGAUGCUGCGGAUUUGAAGCUUAUAUGUUACGCGCAUUUCAAACUAGUGUCUUACAAUUUUAUGUUGUGUGUAAAAAUGUUUUCUUGUCUGUUUUAAAUGAAGGACAUUUUUGAUGUAGGGAAAUUGGCGGUUUCGAAAGAGGUCAGAUAUUAAUCCUGGAUGCCGAACCUUGCUGUUUAUCAGUGCAUACAUUCAAUUAAAGGCAUAGAGGAAUAGUUAACUCAAAAAAUGAAUUUACUCACCCUGAUGAUGCUCCAAAUCUGAUGAUUUGUCUCUUUUGGAGCUUGUUACCUCCUAGUCAGCAUUCACGUACAUUGUAUUCCAUGGAAGAAAGAAAAUCAUAUGGGUUUGGAACAACAUGAGGAUGAGUAAAUUACAGAAUUUUCAUUUUUGGUUGAAUUAUUCCUUUAAAAUACAAACUAUUUAGUAGACAAGACUAUUUGACAAGCAAAUAUGGUAGGUGGCGAAUUGGAAAUGACCAUAAUUUUAAAGGUCUGUUUAGCUGCAAAUAAUUUUAAAGACUAAUGUACUCUCUUUAUUAAAAUUAUAUUAUAUGUUAUUAACAAAUGUAUAUUGUUUACUUUUUAAUUUUUUAAAUUAGAACAUUUCUGCACUUUGAAAGUAGAUGUUGCUGAAGUUCUAGGACAUUUAAAGAGACAUCAGCAUUCAGGCACAUUUAAAUCCCUUUAAGGUUGUUUGUUAUGUAGGUUGCCUGUGUGAUUCUUCAACUGAAUGCACUUGCUGUUCAAGCCACUUUAAUUGUGCUGUUUGGUACUGCACUCUUUUGAAAGCACUUACUAUAGACUUGUUCUAUAGUAUUCUUUUAUUCCAGACUGGUGUUCGACAUGCUGGAAUUUGUUUUAUUUUUUAUUUAUUUUUUAAUUAGAACACAAUGAAACCAUUCCAAAACAAAUCCAAUGCUAAAAAAAAAAAACACACACACACUCUCCAGGAUAAUUAUGGCCUUUGCCAUAAAAAAAAUAAAAUAAAAAAAUGUCUCGAGUCGUUUACUUCUGGAACUCAUUUUGCUUUUCUCCAGAUGUAUGUCUCCAUAUGCUUCUUCCAGAA